GUUGGCGCAUGACUCUGGCAUGCAGACGAGUGUGAAUUUGUGUCUGUCGUGAAAGAUUUUCAUUUUAGUAAUUAAAGUGUUAAAAAUUUAUUAAAUCGCCCAAAAACUAUUAAAAAGUGUAGUGAAAAAGGUCUUAUUUCUACAGCAAAGUUUCUUGAAACAAGAAAAACUGAUCAAGAAAUUGGACUUUAAUAAUAAUAAUUAAUAAACUAAAAAAAUAAACAUUUCAAAAUAAAAUAAAAAAUAUAUUUCAUACAAUUAGAAAAAAUAUUCUUGAAAUAGAAAACAAAAAUAAUCAAAAAAGUGCAAAAAAUUAUAAAAUUAUAAAUUGCAGAAAAUAUUUUGAAAAAUAGUGUUUUUGUAAAGUGAAAAUACUUAAAUUUCAAACUAAAGCAAAACAGAAAUUUUAAAUAAUUUAAAAUUUUUAAUCUCAAAUAAACGAAAAAAAACGUGCAUAACUCUUGAUUAUAAAUAAACAAAUUAAACGUGUUGCGCCGGGGGCAUGUUUAGUGGGAUUGAAUGUGCGGUUAAGUGUCGUCUAUGGCCGAGUCCGUUAAUUGUCAAUCGCUCUCUGCAGUGACGGAGGGGCACGACGGCAGCAUAUUACAAACAUAUGCAACAAAUACUACGACAGGAUUAAAUACCACAAAUAAAAAUACGGCCAAACAUAGACGUGGUGGUCGGCAACAACAACAACAACAUCAUCAACAACAGCAACAACAAAAACAGCAUCAACAGAAACAGCAGCAACAAACUCAUAAUAACAAUAAUAUUAGCAAAAACUUAACCGUUACUCAAACCACAACCGAUAAACGUUCACGCAGCAAGUCACGCUCUGCACAUCAAGAACACCACCAACAACAACAAACACCUUUUAAUAAUAACAGCAGUAAACGUACUUCAUCACGUAAUUCGACUUUUAACGCUUCAACAUCAUCAUCGUCAGCUGUUAUAUCACCUGCUUCCCCAAUAACUCCACCGCCUUCUACACGUAGUGAUCGUAAACGUCAUUUCGUUGAAAAGCCAGCAAUAUCAACAGCAACAACAACAUCUGCAAAUUAUUCCUCAUCAUCUAUCGGUGAUCAUCCAACAGAUUUAACAUCACCUCUAAAGAAACGUCGUUAUCAUAAUCACAACUUACAGGAUAUAGACUCAACACCGUUAUCGACAACAAGCGGUAAUAGCAGCAGUAGUAGUAAAUACAAUACACCUAAAGAACAAGAAGGUGAUUGUGUAGCACGAAGAACUCGCUCUAAAACCGUAUCACCCGAAGAACCCAGUACAAGUAGUGGUGGAGGUGGUAUAUAUAGCAGCAGUGCAUACAAUCAAAGACGGGGAAGUUAUACAAAGACAGCAGCAACACAACAGCAACAAUAUCAAAAAUUGUGUUUUGAAACGACACCACAACGCAGUACUGCGACAACAGUAACAAAUAACUGCGCCGGCAGCAGCAGUAAUAGUACAAAUACAAAUAAUAACAAUAACAAGAAUAAAGGUAAUUUAUUAAAUUAUUAUCGUAAAACACGUAAAAUCAGUCAUAGUCGUUCGUCUACAACGACAACAACAGCAACAACUUCAAGCACAGCAACUACAACAAACUCAAAUAAUACAACAAAGAGAGCGGCUGCAUUGAAUAAUUCAAUCUCUUCAAUUAGCGACGAAAGUUCGGAUACGAGUAGUAGCGAAACUCAACAACAAAAGCACCAGCUAAAACAAACAAAAACAAACGCCUUAACGUCUGAAGAAAAAUAUAAAUUUAAAUCGUCCACUGGAUCGUCAAGACACAAGAAACGGAAUUAUAGAAAUCAAAAUAAUAAAAUAAAUAAGAAAAAAUCUUCAUCAACAAAUACAGCGUCGUCAGCAACAACACCAUCAUCACAACAACAACUAUUGUCAGCGCGUAGUAAUCAGAAAAUUGAAUGUAGUAGUAAUAACGUUGUUGCCGAUAAGAAACAACAACAGCAGCAGCAAAAUAAACAUUUCUUAUCAAUAGUGGGAAAUAAAACGAAAUUAAAUACAAAAUCAACACAGAAUACUACUGCGUCUUCAACAACAACCUCAGCUACUCUUGCCACAGAAAGUGCCACAACCUCUUCAAAUACAAAUACAUUUGGCUCCAAUCACGAUCAGCAGGAACAAUCGCAAUCACCACCAACUCUACAUUUAGAUAAAAUUUCCAAAUAUCGUAAAAGUCUACGAACUUAUCAAAACUUUUUGAAUAAUUUAACAGACGAAUUAAAUACAGCAACAACACAAAACCAACAACAAACAAACGAAACGAACGCAGUCGUUGGUGAUAAUAUCCAUCAGCAGCAAGCUACCAACUCUAGCAAAAACUCCUCGAACAGCAACACAGAGCCACAACGCAGUAGCUCAUCAUCGUAUCAUUGUAAUAUCGAUAAAGAACUAUUUGCUGUUCUGAGUGCUAGUAUCGAAUCCGAAGAGGACGAGGAGGCGGACGACAAUAAUACAGCCGAAGAGGAGGAAGUUGUUGAAGAGGAAGAACAGAUCGAAGAGGAAGAGGACGAAGAGAACAACGACGACGAGAAUAUUGCCGACGACGACGUUGACAAUAACGACGACGUCGAGGAAGAAGAAGUCGUUGACGAAGACGAGGAAAUUGAACUACUCGACGAAGACGACGACGAAGAGGACGACGACGACGAUAUUGGAGACGAAGAGGAGGAUAUUGACGACGAAGAAAUUGAAGAAGAGGAAGAAGAUCUAGACGACGAUAUACACGAUUCAGUACUUGCUAUUCGAGGUAAACGCCAACAACAACAACACCAACGUAGCCAACAACAGCAGCAGCAGCAGGAACAAUUAAAAUUAAAUAAAAAACGUCUUGCUAGAAGUGGACGGCAACAAAACGAGAAAUAUUUAAAUCAAGAAAAUUGUUUACAAAAUCCCACAAAACAAACACAGCCACAUCAGCAACAACAGCAAACCCAACGACGUCUCAAGGAACGAAGUGGUGCUACACAACAUAAUCACAAUCGUUUAGCCCAGGAAGUGGCAAGUGAAGAAAUAACUACUUCUGCGACGUUACAAACAACAGCUACAACGACGGGCUACAAUAGAGCCCCGAAUCUGGGGGCACGACAAACACGCAGCAGUGGUGGCAGCGCAAGCACCAAUACCAACACAGCUAGCAAUAAUACAGAUUACAAUAUUGGUGUACAUCAACAUCAGCAGCAGCAGCAUCAUCAUCAUCAUACCCAGCAUCAGCACCCACAUCAGACUUCAACAGGUGGAGCGGCAACGGCAGCCGGUACUAGUUCAGCGGCAGCAGCCGGUAUUGGAGUUGGUGGCAAUACACAAAAUUCUGCAGCUGGUCUAAAUCAUAAUUUAUUAAAUCGCACGGGUGGUGUUGUCAUAGGACCACCCCCGGGAGUACAUUCCAAUCUUCAGCAACAGCAGCAAACACAACAGCAUUCUACAAAUCAGCAUCAUACACUUAUAGCGACCACAACACAUUUUCCUCAACAGCAGCAACAUCCUACAGCCCAUUUGCUACAACAUCCCAGUCAAGGAUCUCAGGCUCAUUAUUUAAGCCAACAAACCGGACCAACCUUUUACACAGGACAUCCCCAAGCCCACUUACAAGCUCAGCCCCAACAACAGGUGCAUUUCUAUCAAACCUAUCCAGCCGGAAAUUCAGCUUCUUCGGCGGCCAUAUUAAAUUUAAACUUAAAUUCAUAUCCCACAGCAGGCAAUACAACAACGGCUGCUGCGGUGGUAGGUGGAGCUCCUCUUAUAUAUCAGGUGCAACCACCACAACAGGGAGCAUUAUUAAGUCAACAGACUACCAGCCAUCGUUAUCAUCAUCAGGUACAGCCACAGUCCGCACCACCAAAUCUGCAUCAUCAGCACCAACAACACCAGCAUCAUCAGACACAAACGCAACAUUUGCAACAGCAUCCCACAGCAAUAGAACUUACAUUGGGUGGAACACUACCGGUGGGAACACACGACACAAAUAUUGUCUAUCAGGCCACUAACUAUAGUGCCAACAGCAAUAACUCUCAUACGCAUUCCCACGCCCAUCAACAUCCCCAACAACAGCAGCAAAAUUCACACACUUUGAGACGCAGUUCACGUAGCAAAACGGGUUCUUGUGUCAGUUCUGUACAGGGCCAACAUCACGGCAGUGCGAGCAGCAGCAGUAGCAGUGGAAAUAGUAGUGGUGGUAACACUAACCAUCGCUCUGCUGCCACGAACGCAGCCAGUUUAUCCGUAGUUGUAGGCCAUCAAUUGCAACAACAACAACAGCAGCAGCAACCACCACAGGCAGCCCAUCAAUUGGCUGCUGCAGCACAUCAGCAUCAUCAAACACAUAUUGUGCAACAACAGCAACAACCACCUCCGCCGCAUCAUCAGCUAUUGGGAAGUCAUCACCAGCAUCCAGUUCAUCCACCACCCAAUCUCCAUCAUCAGCAGCAGCACCAGCAUCAUCAGACUGUAGCUACAGCUGGCGGUGCUGUUGUUGUUGCCAUAUCGCAGCAACAGCAACAACAACCGCAAAAUCAUUUAUUACACGCUCAACCACCACAUCCACACGCUUUGCCACCGCAACGUACCACCAUUGUACAGCCGGGCUUUCUCUAUAGUUAUCGUACUACAGUGGGUGCUAAUAAUAGUUCAGCAUCAACGGCUAGUGGCUUGGGAACUUCGUCGUCAUCUUCCUCAUCGGGAGCUGCUGCUGCAACUGCCACCAACAAUAUUGUUGCCACAAACGUUGUGCCCCCCACAAACACUUCAUAUCUGGCUACGCAUCAAAAUUCUAACAAAACAAGUGCCUCUGCGGAUGCCUUAAGCUAUAAUUUAAUGGCCCAACAACAGUCUAAUACAGGAUCAGUACCAUCUUUACCACCACAGCCUGUAGCACACGUCGUCAACUCUCAUUUAGCAACAGCUGCUUCUGCUGGUGGUUUAAUAAAUUCAAAUACAGCAUCGUUAUCCGUUGCUAACGCCUUGGGCAACACAACGUCUUCAAAUACCAAUAACUCCGCUACAGCAACCGGUGCAAACGUCAAUCCGGCAGCGGCUGCGAAUAGCGGAGCAGGAGGUCCCAAUAACACCGCUACAACGACGUCUUCAAAUAACACGAAUAGUAAUUCACAUGGUGAUUCGGAAAGUGAUGACAGCGAGGUGGGACGUUUGCAAGCGUUGCUUGAAGCCCGAGGUUUACCGCCUCAUCUUUUCGGCGCCCUGGGACCACGUAUGACUCACAUACUCCAUCGUACUAUAGGCAAUAGUUCAACAUCAAAGGCCCAACAAUUGUUGCAGGGCCUACAGUCACACGAUGAGAGUCAACAGCUACAGGCGGCCAUUGAAAUGUGCCAAAUGUUGGUUAUGGGCAAUGAGGAUACCUUAGCCGGUUUCCCCAUUAAACAGGUGGUGCCAGCCUUAAUCACCCUAUUACGUAUGGAACAUAAUUUCGAUAUUAUGAAUAAUGCCUGUCGCGCUUUGGCCUAUAUGCUAGAGGCAUUGCCUCGUUCAUCGGGUACGGUGGUAGAUGCUGUUCCGGUGUUUUUGGAAAAACUACAAGUUAUCCAGUGUAUGGAUGUGGCAGAGCAGAGUUUAACCGCUUUAGAAAUAUUGUCCAGACGUCAUAAUAAAGCCAUAUUGCAAGCUAAUGGUGUAUCGGCUUGUUUAACCUAUUUGGACUUUUUCUCCAUAAAUGCGCAGCGUGCAGCUUUAGCCAUAACAGCCAAUUGUUGCUUGAAUCUGCACAAUGAAGAAUUCCACUUUGUUUCAGAAAGUUUGCCGCUGCUGGCGCGUCUUUUGGCCCAACAGGAUAAGAAAUGUGUGGAGAGUGUUUGUUCGGCUUUCUGUCGUUUGGUAGAAAGUUUCCAACAUGAUCCCAAACGUUUGCAGGAAAUAGCUAGCAAAGAGUUGCUAAAGAACUGCCAACAACUAUUGGUGGUUACACCAGCCUUAUUAAAUUCUGGCACCUUUACCGCUGUAGUGCGCAUGCUGAGUUUAAUGUGUGCCAACUGCCCUGAUUUGGCCAUUUCAUUAUUGAAAAGUGAUAUUGCCUCGACUUUAUUGUAUUUACUAACUGGAAAUGCCGAUCCUCUACCUAAAUCAGCUUCUACCCACGUAGAGCUUAUAUCGCGAUCUCCUUCGGAAUUAUAUGAAAUUACUUGUUUAAUAGGUGAACUUAUGCCACGUUUGCCCACAGAUGGUAUAUUUGUGGUGGAUGCUUUACUCGAUCGUCCUACUAUAAAUACCCAAGAUCAAGUGCAAUGGCAAUGGCGUGAUGAUAGAGGAACUUGGCACAACUAUUCCACCAUUGAUUCGCGUAUGAUUGAGGCUGCUCAUGUGAAUUCGGAAGAUGAAUUCAGUUUAAGUACUUUGGGUAGAACUUAUACAGUGGAUUUUCACUCUAUGCAACAGAUUAAUGAAGAUACUGGCACCAAUAGACCGGUACAGAGGAAGAUAAAUCCCAACUAUCGACCAACAGCAAACACUAGUGCAACGACGGGUCAGGAUUUGUCAGCAUCGGCUGUGGCUUCGGCUAUUACGGCAUUAAGCACCACGGUAACUGCCACAGCUACUGGUGGCUCUACACCUUCGGGUUCACAAAAACGCAGGGCUUCUGUUGAUGCCCGUAUUGCUUGUCUGAAGGAGGAGCGUGGCUUAGCUGCUGAAUUUAUUAAGAAUCUUUUCAAUGUCUUAUAUGAGGUCUACAGUUCGUCGGCAGGACCUAAUGUUCGUUACAAAUGCUUAAGAGCCCUACUACGCAUGGUUUACUAUGCCUCAUCGGAAUUGUUAAGUGAAGUUUUGAAAUACCAAUUGGUCUCCAGUCACAUUGCCGGCAUGCUGGGCAGCAAUGAUUUACGCAUAGUGGUGGGAGCUCUGCAAAUGGCUGAAAUUCUUAUGCAAAAGUUGCCCGAAAUAUUUGGCACGCAUUUCAGACGCGAGGGUGUUAUCUAUCAAAUCACUCAACUUACCGAUCCCAAUCAUCCAAUAUGUGCUAAUCCUUCCCCCAAACCGUUGGCCACGAACAUGUCUGCCAGUGGUUCACAAAGUGCACCAGCUUCGGCUUCAAGUUUACAGGUCAAUCCAUUCUUUAUGGAUAAUGUACCACCACAACCGGGCAGUACCUCAGCUUCGGGUACUCCAAAUACCUCAAAGCCACAUCACCAACAUCCCUAUACCAUGAAGACAUUCUCACAUGCCAUGAAUGCUCUGACAGCGGCAGCAGCACAACAGGGCACCUCGCCCUCCGGAUCAUCCAGUAAUUCACAAAAAUUACCCACAUCCAUGGCCAUGAAUAUUAAUACCUCAGGCGGAUCGUCAGCGGCACAAAAUCCCAACAAUGAGAUGCCACAAUAUCACUACAGUUCAUCGGCACCAGCCCACACCCACAUGGGAAAUCCACAACAGCAACAACAAAACUUCUUUGUGUACACUACAUCGCCGCAGCAGCAACAACAGCCACCCUUGCCACCGCCUGGUACAGAGUAUGUAGCCUACAAUCAGUUACCACCACCGCCACCGCCCUCAACGCACUACGCAGCAGCAUCUGGAGCACAACAACAACAGUAUCAUUCAAUGCCUUCUUCGUCAGCGUCCGCACAAGGACAACAGAAUGUUAACACAACGCCCGGUACUUCUUCGACUAGUGGCGGCGCUUCAUCCUCGUCGUCAUCAGCACUACAAAAUAAAAUGAGUGAUAUGCUUAAACGUAAGGUCCCACCGAAAAGAAAAUCACAAUCUACCACCCGUUCAAAAUCUCGGCAAGAAGAUCAAACCUCCUCGUCAACUUCAACGUCCAAUGCACAGGCUGCUUCAUCAUCGUCCACAGUGCAUGAGUUGCUUAGCAGAGCUACUAGUUUGGGAGGAGGAUCAACUGGUUCGGGUUCGGCAGGUCGCAGUACACCUAGUACUUCUUCAAAGGUACGUUUUAGUGGUGGUCAUCACAGUUCUUCGUCCGGACAACAGUCAUCGAAGACAUCAUCGUUUUUGGCCUCCCUCAAUCCGGCUAGAUGGGGACGUCAAGGAUCUCAUCAUAGUUCGUCUUCAGCAGCCAGUAACUCAGGUUUUACCAAAGAUUCUACCAGCAGCAGUAGUACAACAUCAUCACAUCAUAAUCACAGCCAUCCAAAUAGCAGCGCCGGUUCCAGUGCAGGUCACUCUAUGGCCGGUUGUUCCUCAUUGGCUGCACAAAAUAUCAGCAAAAGUAUAUCACAAGCUAAUCUUAUAGCAGCUGGUAAUCGUGAAAAAGCCCGCCAAUGGAUACGCGAACAAGCCAUUUCGUUUAUCAAGCGCUAUGCUGCACAAGACACCAAGCCGGGUGCUACGGCUGAUGGUUCAGCCUCAACAAAUGUCCUGCAGCGUCUGACGUCGGUUAUAAGCAAAUUGAAUGGUGGUUUUUCAGAUGUCUUGGAGGCUUUGCUUGAAUUGAAGACAAUUCUCUUGGAGAGUGACAUUUCGCCAUUUGAAGUCAAUCAUUCGGGUCUUAUUAAAGCAAUGCUUAACUUUAUGACAGCCGAAGAGGGCAUAGUAGAACGUGAUGCCAGAUUGAGAGCAUUUAUGCAUGUUUUUGCCGGUUUACCGCUAGAACCCAUGGUUAAGGUGGGCAUUUUACCCAACAUAGAUGCGUCUGCCUUUGGCGCCUUUGUAUCGAAAUUAAAUGCCUGUGUUACACAACUAGAACAAUUCCCGGUUAAAGUGCAUGACUUCCCCGCUGGACCCGGUGGAGGUCGUUCAAAUACAAGUGCUUUGAAAUUCUUUAAUACCCAUCAACUAAAGUGUAACUUACAACGUCAUCCGGAUUGCAAUAAUUUACGUCAAUGGAAAGGUGGCACCGUUAAAAUCGAUCCCUUAGCUAUGGUACAGGCCAUUGAGCGUUAUUUAGUGGUGCGUGGCUUUGGUGGCAUACGUGGCGACUCCGAUGAUGAUUCCGAAGAAGAUAUGGAUGAUAAUGUGGCCGCUGUGGUAAUGUCACAAAGUGGCUUUAAGCACAAGCUACAAUUUCUUAUAGGAGAACAUGUCUUACCCUACAACAUGACUGUUUAUCAAGCGGUUAAGCAAUUCUCACCUUUGGUCAAUGAUCAAUCGGAAACAGACACUGAUACUGAGACACCUUUAGGCAACGCCAGCAUAUGGGUCCAACAGCACACAAUAUAUUAUCGUCCGGUAGAAGAAGAACCUGUGGCUGCCACCUCUAGCAGUAGUAUCAAUAAUAAAUCAAAUAUACCAGGAGCUGGUACUUCAUCAUCUAUACACAAUGGUGCUAUGGUUGCUUCGGGUUCUACCACUGGAGGUCCCUCCACCUCUGUGGGCAAGAAAUCCAAUAAAUCCUCUUCAAAACUAUUGCGCAAGAAAACGGAAUUAUGGCACGAAGGUAUUGCACCCGCUGUGGUGUCUGCUCUUAAACCAUUCCUUACCAAUACACUGCCCGCCGAUGUGGUUACAAGCGUACAAGAUGCUUCACUCGAUGCCCUCUGUAUGUUGCGCAUAAUCAAUGCUUUGAAUCGUCACUGGGAGCAUUUGUACGGUUGUGUACACCGUCAAUCGAUUAUACCACAGUCUGAAUUCAUUCAUCCGAAAAUAACAGCUAAAGCCAAUCGUCAACUACAAGAUCCUUUGGUUAUAAUCACUGGUAAUCUGCCACAAUGGUUGCCACAAAUUGGUAUGGCCUGUCCCUUCUUGUUUCCUUUCGAAACCAGACAUUUGCUCUUCUAUGCCACUAGCUUCGAUAGAGAUCGUGCUUUACAGCGUCUUUUGGAUACAACACCUGAUCUAAAUUCCGCCGAAUCAUCGGAAAGAGUGGCUCCACGCUUAGAUCGACGCAAGCGGGCCAUUUCGCGUCAGGAGAUUUUGAAACAAGCUGAACAUCUUAUACAAGAUUUUGGUCACUCCAAGGCUUUGUUAGAGAUACAAUAUGAAAACGAGGUGGGUACUGGUUUGGGUCCAACUUUAGAAUUCUACGCUUUAGUUUCAGCUGAAUUACAACGCAGCGAUUUGGGUCUUUGGAAUGGCAGCGAUAGUUACAAACAGAACUCUGCCAAUAUAGUAGAUGUGGUCAAAUCUACCAGUGCCACUUUACAUAUAGACGAAUCCCAAGAUACCAAUUCACAAUCGGGUGAUACUAAUAUCACUACAACAACCAAUACUACAGCAAGUCCAAAUACCGCCUCAACACGUAACGCUAGUCGUAAUAAUCGUGAGAGUUUAGGAGUAGCAACACGCAGCAGUUUGGUAGCCACAAAUAAUUCUAUAAAUAACCAACAACAGCAGCAGCAACAGCAUUCACCUCAGGCUGGUGAAGAUGCCUUAGACAUGCUAAUCGAACAGCAGGGUGAUUUAAUAGAUCAACAUACAGGCGGAGAUCCUUCUAUGCCCUUGUUAGAUAAUCCUAUAGCAGUCACUACCGCCACCACACCAGUCUUACAGGUUAAUAACACUCCUCAUCAAGCAAAUGUGACAUAUGUGAAUACGGUUCAUGGUCUAUUCCCCUUGCCAUUGGGCAAAUCUUCAAAAUUGCCACAUGUCUCGAAAGUUAAAUCGAAAUUUAAGUUCUUGGGCAAAUUUAUGGCCAAGGCCGUUAUGGAUAGCAGAAUGCUGGAUUUACCAUUUUCUAUACCAUUCUAUCGUUGGAUUUUGAAUGAAGAACAUUCAGUGGGUUUAGCCGAUCUAUCACGUGUUGCACCCGAAGUGCAAAGCACUUUGGUGCGUUUACAGGAUGUGGUACAUCAACGUGAAAUGAUUUUAGCCGAUACUAGUUUAGAUGCUAUGGAAAAGACUGAAAAGAUUGAAUCCUUGGAUUUGGAUGGUUGUCCCAUAGCCGAUUUAGGUUUAGAUUUUAUUUUACCCGGUCAUGCCAAUAUUGAAUUGUGUCGUGGCGGUCGUGAUACUCCAGUAACUGUACAUAAUUUACAUCAAUAUAUUAGUUUAGUUACAUAUUGGUUCCUUGUUGAAGGUGUACAAAAACAAUUUGAAGCUCUUAAAGAAGGUUUCGAUUCAGUUUUUCCUACACAUCGUUUACGCAUGUUCUACCCCGAAGAAUUGGAGAAUGUUUUCUGUGGCAGUGUUAACGGUACCUAUCAACGUUGGGAUGUUAAAAUGCUUCAAGAUAGCUGUCGUACCGAUCAUGGUUUCAAUCAAGAUUCUCAAGCCAUACAAUUCCUUUACGAAAUACUCUCAACGUAUACACGUGAGGAACAACGUCUAUUUUUGCAAUUUGUAACGGGUUCACCACGUCUACCCACUGGCGGUUUUAAAUCACUAACACCACCACUAACUAUAGUACGUAAGACAUUAGAUGCCAAUCAAAAUCCCAACGAUUAUUUACCCUCGGUUAUGACAUGUGUUAACUAUUUGAAAUUACCCGAAUAUUCGAGUCGUGAGGUGAUGAGACAAAAACUUAAAAUGGCCGCCAAUGAGGGUAGUAUGUCGUUCCAUUUGUCUUAAAUUUAGAAAAUUUGGAAAUGAAUAAGCAAUAUGCGCACAUAGAAGACGACUACGACGAAGAUGAUGAAGAAAGAGUAUUGUUUUAAAGACAUGCAAUUAAACUAGUAAACAAACAUACAUUUGUAUUUUUGGUUCUGCUAUAGAGUUUAAAGAAUAUAAGAAGUUAGUUUAGUUAUUUGAAAAAAAAUAUAUGUACGAAAAAGAAAUAUAAUAACAAAUAAUGGUGAUAAUUUAUAUGAUUUAAAUAAUUAUUUUUUUUUUAAUUUUUAUUUUCUAAUUGUAUUAUUUGUAAGAAAUGGUGAUGUUGCUGUUAGAGCAAAUUUAUAUAAAAGAAAUAAAAAAAAAAAACAAAAACAAAAACAAAUCAUUAAAACAAACUGCUAAACAAAAAACAAGAAAUAUUCAAACAAAAGAAAAUAUAUGAAUAAAUAUAAAUAUAAAAUUAAAUUUAAAUGAAAUUCAUAAUUAAUUAAAUUGCUCCUCUUUCCUCCCCCCCUACACACACUUACAUAAUUAAUAAAUAAAAUAAAAUAAAAUAAACUUAAAUUUGAAAUAAAAUUGAAUAAAAAACCAUUAAUUAAUAUAGAAUUAAUAAAAACCAGAAACGUAAACAAUUUUAUGCAUAAAACCUAAAAUUAAUUUAAAACCUUAAACUGAAAUAAUAAGUUUUCGUUAAAAUAACUUAUUUUUUUUUUAAUAAAAACGCUUGUUUUUCUAACUGCAAGCAUUCUGUGUAAAAGGUAUAAAUGCAACUGAAAAAAACCUUAAAUAUUCUCUUAAUUAAAUAUUUUAUGGUCUUUAUGUAACAAAU